AUGGAAAGCAAACUGCUGAGGCCUGAGGCUGCCUACGAGCUGCCCAAGGCCGCCGUAGAUGCCCUGAAGGAUCCAGACUUGCGGCUGGAGCUCCACGUCAUCUCAUUCUCGCACUACUGCACGCGUGCGCGCUGGGCACUCGCCGCGUCUGGCCUGGACUACACUGAGGUGACGUACCUUCCCCUCGCGCACAUCGCCGGCAUGGCAGGCCUGAUGCGCCGCUUCACGGUGGCGUCGCCUCGCACCAAGACUGCAUCCAGCAAGUCGCCAUUCGCCACCCCCGUGCUAGCUGUGUACGGCGGGAAGAGGCAGCCCCUCUUCCUCCUACAGAACAGCGCCCUCAUCGCCCGCUGGGCCGCGCUGCGUGCCGCCGCGCGCGGCGCGCCGCCCUCCGCCCUCCUGUACGGCCCCAGCCUGGAAGUCGCCAGCGCCGGCCCCAACGAGGCGGGCGGCGGCGAGGGCGAGGGAAAGUUAGUGGUGUCAGGCGGCGACGAUUACUACAGAUCUGUGUCUCAGCUGGAGCUGCGGCUGUCAAACGGCAUUGGCAUCGAGGUGCGGCGCCUGGCCUACUUCCACCUGCUGCCCUCGACCCUGCUGGCCGCGGACAUGUUUCGCCGCAACGCCCGCGGGCUCAUCGGCAGGGGACUGGCGUGGCUUUCCUACCUUGUCUCGCGCCUCUUGCUUCCGAGGCUGCUAGGGAUCAACGCCAAGACUGCGGCGCGCGGGCUGCAGCUGAUGCUGUCGGAGUUUGACUACUUCGACGGCCUGAUAGCAAAGCGCGAGGCGGAGGUCGCUGCAGCCGGGGACGGCGGCGGCGCGAGCCCAGGACCACCGGCCAAGGCGCCGCUGCCGUUCUACCUGUGUGGCUCAACCCUCAGCGCCGCUGACGUGUCGCUCGCGACGCUGGCGGGUCCGCUGGUGGAGCUGCCGCCCUGCUGCGCCGCCGGCCGCUAUUACGUGCCGCCGCGCGCCGAGCUGCCGGCCCCCCUGCGUGAUGUGGUGGCGGCGCUGACGGCGCGGCCCACGGGCCAGUAUGUGGUCCGGCUGUGGGACGCGCACGGGAUCGCUUUGAUGGCCGCGGGCACCAGCGGCGGCAGCGCCGCCAAGGAGUCGCAGCCGACCGGCCGGCUGUAA